GGUGUGGCUGGGUGGUGUCAGUGAGCAGGUUCACAGCAGGAGCGAUAUCUCCUCCGCGGUCCGCUGCUGCUGACGUGUUGUGUUCAGAUGUUUACGCGCAGCUGAUCCGGCGAGCUCCGACGCACCGUUGACCUCCUGCAGUCCACCCACCGGACAGGAAGGUUGUACCCUGUCAAGAGACCCUCAUCCUCUCCUAAGCUACAAGGAAGCUGCAAAGCACACAGUUCACAAGACCCCAGGACUUGGAUUUCGUGUUUAAUUAAAAGCAGAAACUCUUGAAAACGGAAGGAAGACUUGCGGUCAUUACACUACCGUAGAUUUUUCAUUUAAAGACUAGGUUAAUUUAUUCAAAAUAUUCUUUUUCACUGUAGGCUGCAAAAUAGAACUGCAGAGCUGCAGCUGAGGGGGGCCGGGUCCUGAGUAAUUGCCUUUUGUUUGAAGGUAUAAAAUUCUGUGCCGUAAAGGCUUUCUCUUGGAUUAUCCGGGCACUCGUGAAGGUCAGUGUUCCUUAACUCUCCCUUCCCAGGUCUUUGAUUCACUGCCAUCUUUCCACUCCACUCCAGUUUUUUCUCUUUUUCAAUCCCUCCACUCUUGACUUUGAGCUUUUUGUGGGAUUAAGUAUUUAGCACUGGCACGCUCUCUUCAAGCAUCUUUUUUUCCCAGGAAUAUCCUCAAGCCAAAACUUUAACCAAAAUAACCUCCCGGCAGGAUGCAGUGAAGGAGGUGAGAGGGUUGGAGAGAAAGGGAUUGAGGGGAUUGAAGGGCAGAUGGCUUCGUCGCUCGAAAACACCAACAGCUGGAUGAAUAAAACAUUUGAAUAGAGAGGAAGUCGUGACAUCUGGCUGUGGAGUGAGUUAGGCACUCUCCUCAUUCCCUCUCUCUCUCUUUUUACUUACUCUGUCCACUUUUUCGCUCACUAACAUCCCUAUUCUCUUCAUACACCCUCCUUCUAACCAUCUUUCACUUUCUCUUGUCUCUUUCCCUCUGUGGACACAGGGGUGCAGGUGGUCACUCAAACAGACAGAAACAAGCUUGUGCCUACGCUUGUUUCUUCUGCUCUUGCUCAGUUUUGUUCCACCUUUGCCCCUCACCUGAACCUCUCCUGCUCUUUUCUUUCUCCUCCCCGGCGCGGUGUGUGAUGGUGUGUCCCCUCCUCUCGGUCCUGGAGACAUGCCUGUGCAGGAGAUGGCGGUGAGUCCUGUCAAGUCCCUGUACUGGGAGCAGUUGCCCCCCAUGACGCAGCGUCGCGUCUACUGCACUCCCGUUUACCAUGAAGGCCUGCUGUACGUGCUGGGGGGCUGCAGCGAGACCGGAAUGCCCCUGGACAGCGUCGAGGUACUGGAUGUAGAGAGCCAGACGUGGAGCCAGCUGCCACCGCUGCCCACAGCACGGGCAGGGGCCUCGGCUGUGGCGUUGGGGGGCCAGGUGAUGGUGCUCGGGGGCAUGAAUCAGCAACAGACCCCGCUGGCCUCAGUGGAGAUGUACCACCCCGACGAGGGCAAAUGGGAGACGAAGGCCAGCCUGGGUCAGCCGUCCAUGGGAGUCACCACUGUGGAGAAAGAUGGAAAGGUGUAUGCGUUUGGAGGUAUGGGGGCCGACACAACACCACAGGCCCUGGUGAGGGUUUAUGAAGCAGAAAAGGACCAAUGGCAGGCACUGACCUCAAUGCCAACGCCGCGGUAUGGAGCCACGCCCUUCCUAAGAGGAAACAAAAUCUACUUGAUGGGUGGUCGUCAGGGAAAGAUGCCGGUGACGGCGCUGGAGGCUUUUGACCUGGAGAUGAAGAGCUGGACACGUUACCCCUGCAUCCCAAGCCGGAGGGCCUUCUCCUGCUGCGCCACGAAUGAGCGAAGCCUCUUCAGCCUUGGGGGCCUCCAGCAACCAGGGCCGCAUAACUUCUACUCCAGACCUCACUUUGUCAGCACCAUGGAAGAGUACGAUCUGGAUCAAGGUAUCUGGAUCAAACCCAGCCGAACAUCCAGGAUGAGGGAGAAGAGGGCUGACUUUGUGGCAGGCUGCCUGGGAGGAAGAGUAAUCGUAGCUGGUGGUCUAGGUAAUGAACCGGCGCCGUUGGGCACGGUGGAGAGCUAUAACCCGGUGAAGCGGCGCUGGGAGUAUGUGGCACCCAUGCCCACUGCACGCUGCUCCUCUGCCCUCGUGCAGACAACCAGCAUGCUCUUUGUGAUCGGUGGAGUUGCGCAGGGACCCAGUAAUGCUGUGGAAACCCUGUGUUUACCGGAAACAGUGUGACACAUGCACACACACCAACACACACAGGAAUAAUUGCAAACCGGCAGUGAUAUUUUAUUAUGUAUGUGCAUAAACACAGACAAAAACACAUGACCUGGAUCCACAGAUCACUUAGAUACUUUUCUACCUUUAUGUCCAACUGAUGGAUUACUCUUGUACACUGGGAUGUAAGAAACUCUUUUUCAGAUUCAACAAGCAUUUUCGGGGGCUGCAGAGACAGUUUGUGACAGAGCUGGACAAAUACAAGAUGAAGGACAUUCAAUCCGACUGCUGACAGCUUUUUUACACUGGGGAAAUCAGAGGAAGACAAAAAAAAGAGCAAAAAACAGACACACGCGGUGUCUAAAGAAACAACACGCCUUUGAACUGUUGAGCAUUUUUCAGAAUAAAAGCAGGGUACUUUUCUGGAUAUUAAAGGAACAUAGGGCCAUAUCUGUAUCUCUUACAGCAGCAUCGCUCUCCCCAACUGCUGCAAAAGCAAGCUCGGACACUUUUCUAUGACCUUAGACACAACACAUAGUUGAGUUUUAGACAGUGACCUUCUGGGAAUGUGAAUGUUUCGUUUCUUCUCCUUAUGUUGAAGUGUUGUAUAUGUGUGAAAACCGCUACCACAGUGUUGACAACAGUGGCCCUUAACAUGCGUUCAGACCGCAAGCAACUCAAGCAACUGCCAGUCAGAAGCCCCUCCAUUUUCAACGACCAGUGAAACGGUGGCUGAUGUUGACCACAGUCACUGUGUUUCCUUUAUUUCCAGUUGUAGAAAAAGUUGACUGUGGUUGAACUUGUGUGCACCUUGCUCUGCUACACAUCUAUCCAGCUCUGUUUCAGCAGCUGUUUUAGCAGCACAGCAAUCAAUCACCAAGCUCAAACAGUCCUUCACACUGUAGCACAGGGAUGUAGUUGCUCGUGGAGUGAAUGCAAAGUUACUCAUACCUGCUGCACUGAAGCAUCCAGACAGACAAAUAAUAAUCUGAACAUCAGCUUCCUGACAUAUUAUAUUCCCCCUGAGUUUUAUGAUUGAUAGCAUUUUAUUCUUUACCUUGCUUGCUUGCUUUAUGCUUGAUGUCAGCCAGAUGAUGGAUAAAAUGGGAAGAGCAUCUUAAGGUGGUGAUACCUGGGCAACAUUUUGAAGCAAUAUGGUUACUCACUAGGUUUUAGCAAGAAAGAUAAUGUUUGUUUAAAAAAGGACAAAAUCUUAAAGUAUGUACAGGUUUGAGUUUUAUUUUUGCGAUUAUGGUUUUAUUAGUGUUUUCCAUUUUUGGCAGAGUAGUGAAAGGGAUCUGAAAUAGCCUGUUUUUGUGUAACCCUAGUGUAAUGUAGGCUACCAUGAUCAUAGGUGCAUUCUAUUUGCACAACCUUAAUGGUAAAGUUAGCCCUGGCUUUUGAGCAUAAAAUAAGUGUAGGCUUAAAAGGAGACUGAAAAGAUUGUAGCUUGUUCAGAAAGGGAGCUGAAGUUAGCUUGCAAAGCAAAACAUAUCAAAAUUCACUCAUGCAGCAUAUUCCACUUCUCCACUAUUGGUUCAGUAUGUCCCAAACAAGUGUCACUUUGCCAAAAGAUUGAUAACUACGCUACUUCCAGCAGAGCUUUGAAGCGAUACAGAAGUAGUGAACUUAGCUGCUAGGCAAGUUAAAAAAUCAAAUAAAUUCCAAAUUAUAUAUUACUCAUUAAAAAAGUUAUAUUACUAAUGAUUCACCAACAAAAGUAAUUCUUUCUGUAUGAAGGUUUUUAUAGUUAAUUAAAACUAAACUAGAACUAAAAGGCACAGUGUGUAGGAUUUAGUGGCAUCUAGUGAUGUAAUUGCAGAUCGCAUCUGUAUCACUUAAUCCUCCUUUUCCAAGCGCGAAGGAGAAACUACGGUGGCCGUGAAACAUUGAAGAGUACAGAGCCAGUGUUUGGUUUGUCCAUUCUGGGCUACUUUUCAGAGCCACCUUUUAAUCCUACUGUGGGGGAGCAGUUGAUACUCAAAAGGUAGACUUUUGGUGGAGAUUCAGCUCGGGCUGAGGUGAGACUUGUGUAUAAGAAAUGAUGGAUGGAGCUACAUGGGAGAACGUUUUGUGACCGAUUCAGUGACCCGUGGAUAGCAGACGAGUUCUGGCAGGAAGCAAAGGAAUUAUCCAGUGCAGUGUGUACCAGCUUGUGUUGGUCUCUCUUAUCCUGUCAUAUUGGUAGCAUUUUUGAAUGAGCACUUGAAGAGCCAAUCACCAGCCUCUCCAUUCAGAAUUAAUUUACAGUAACACAGUAGUCAGUUGUGGCUCAGCUGGUUUGAUGGUGGUUCAGCCCAAUAAUUAUGGGCUCCAGACUAAAUUAAAACCUUUUAUUGAGACAAUAGAGAGUAAAGCUUCAUAUGAAAGCCAUUUAUCCAUUCCAACUAAAGAAGUUGAUGCACUUUGUCGUACUUUUACUAAAAUUUGCAUUAGAGAUUAGAUGAUUGGUCUACCGGAUUAAUUGCCCUAUACCUCUUCCUACCUGGAAAAUACAAGUAAUGGCAUUUGCCACGAUACAAUUUGAAGUUUCUUUUAAUUUUUCAGUUUAAAUGAUAAUGGACUAUUUUACCACACUAACACACAAAAAAUACACCCCUGCAUCCCAAAGGCACGGUGCACCAUUUAGAGACAACAUUCAUUUGCUACAUCCAAACUGUUUUAAAUAACUGACUUAAUGUUUCAGUUGCAUGAGAAAUAGCAUGCUAAUGGAAUUUAACCGCUAUCUCCCUGAAAACUCUAUUUAAAGAGACUUGUAUGAAUUCAUACUUAUAGAGAGGGAAGAGAAAACUUUAGAUAAGUUAGAGUCACAGAUAAAUACCAGACAAGAAGAGAGAGUUAUCUCUGGUCCACAAAUUAGCAUUGUUUUCUACACACACAAAUACACACGUCCUUUUCACUAUUUUGCCCUCCUUCAUAUAUUUUUCUGGCCGGCACCCUGGCCUUGUUAAAAGAGCCUGACAUCUAUUGCUGUGAGAGAGCACUGAAGCUGUUGGAGCUCAGAUGUGAUGCCAGUUGACAGUUGGUUAUUUCUGGUGCUGCAUUGUGUGCACCUAAUGGAGUGUGUUAGGUACAAGCCGCACACUCAUCACAUAUGUACGCAUGCACUAACACAAACACACACACCCCUGCCUGUACGCAGAGCCAAGCAUAGAACUACGAGCCUCCAUGCAUGCCUGCACGAAUGCAGUUAGUCACUUACUCACUCACAUAGUUUAUCUGGCAACAAUCACAAAAGCUUGGAGAGAAUACAGAGAUCAUUUUGUCAGUAAACAGCUCUGCUGGUUGGGGACCGUGGCCCUCCAUCCAGGACUGAUUAACCUACUUAAAUCAAGUUGAGUGUGUGUUUGUGAGAAAGCUUGUGUAUUUUUGUCAUCAGAAGUGGAUAAGGUUUAUUAAAUUUGGCCAAUGUAUUUGCAUGCAACUUACUCAUGCAGCCCAUACACCUAAACAGUUUAAUUUUUUUGUUCAGUUUCAGUUUAAAUCCCUGAAAAAAUAAAGGUUAUUAGCUUGCUAGAUGUUCAAUCAGCUAACAUCUGGGCAGGUAGUGUACAGUGGGUUUACAAGAGCUUUUACACUGAAAGCAGCUGUCUGCUCCUGCUGGAAACUUUGAACUUGGAAAAUUUGUUAAGAAUUUGCAGGCUAUAACCAAAACAAUGAACUAAAAGAGGCUAAGAAGUAAAGCUGCAGAGUCUGGUUGUAAUUUACCUUUCCUAACCCCUACCACUUUCUGCUCUG